UCUCAGGAUAAAUUAAAACCCUACUCCUUCUCCUUCCGCCAAUUUCUAGAUCUUGAACAACAGCCCUAAACAAGAAUCACAAACAGACACUGGGUGAGGGUGGCGCGUCGUAUGUACGCGCGAUCAUUGAUUAUAAUUUGAAACAAAACAGAAGUGGGAUUGUAGAGAUAAUGAAAGGAGGAAGGAAGAAUUUGAAGAGGGCAGCAAAGGAAGACAACUUAACUCUCGAAGAUGGCCAAACCAUUAUGCAAGUCGUCUCUCUCAGAGGCUCCAAUCUCAUUGAGGUAAUGGAUGCAAAAGGCGAGAAAUCAUUGGCAUUGUUUCCAGCUAAAUUCCAGAAAAGCAUGUGGAUUAAAAGAGGGAGUUUUGUUGUUGUUGAUGAAAGUGGGAAGGAAAAAGCUCUAGAGUCGGGUAGCAAGGUGGCCUGUAUUGUUACUCAGGUUCUUUUUUAUCACCAAGUUCGCGCCCUUCAGAAAUCUCCUCUAUGGACAGAAAUUUUCAAGUCUACGACUCUGGAUGAUUCUAAAGGAAGUCUGCAUGGGAACAGCCAGCAACAAGGAGAUGAUGAGCUUGAUUCAAGUGAUGACAAUGGACUCCCCACAGUAGAAGCCAAUACGAAUAGAAUUGAUCCACCAGAGUUCCAGGAAGAAGAUGAGCUUGAUUCCAGCGAUGAUGAUGAUGGACUUCCCCCUUUAGAAGCCAACACUAAUAGAAUUAGGCCCCCAGAGUUUCAAUCGGAUGCAGAGUCAGAUUCAGGAUCAGACACUGAUUCUUAAAUUUUCAUACAUCUGGCCUUUCCAAUUAGAUGAGCUUGAUUCCGGCGAUGAUGAUGAUGGACUUCCCCAUUUAGAAGCCAACACUAAUAGAAUUGGGCCGCCAGAGUUACAUUCAGAUGCAGAGUCAGAUUCAGGAUCAGACACAGAUUUUUAAAUUUUCAUACAUCUGGCCUUUCCAAUUAGAUGCCUAGUCAAAUUUAGCAUCAGUAUCAGUUUCUUAAAUGAUCAUACAUUUAGCAAUUUAGCUCAUUGUGAUGGCUUCCAUAGCAUCUAAAAAAAAGGUAUUUUUUGUCUGCUUUUGUUAGUUUGUAAAUUUUUCUUGUAAGAAAAGAUUAUUUACAAGAUACUGGAAAUUGAAGCUUAAGAUUAAUGGUUCAAUUUACAGUUGCA